CGCGUCCUCUGGCCCCGCAACUUCACCCGGCGCGGCAGCAGCAGCUGGUGCGACGCCCGAGCGCUGGGGCCACGACUGUGACUGUUACCCUCGGCCCUUUGCUUGUUGGCUGGGAGGAACGAGCACCGGUUGUCCGCGGAGCCGGAGGUGCACGGCAGCGAGGGGCGGUGCGUGGGUGCCGAGGUGGUACAUGCCACCCGGUACUAAGCGUCUCCGGGCACUAGGAGCGGUCUCGGCAGGACUCCCAACCAGACUCCCAGAAAUCAUGCUGGUGGGAUCCCAGUCCUUCUCUCCUGGCGGGCCCAAUGGCAUCAUCCGGAGCCAGUCCUUCGCAGGUUUCAGCGGGCUGCAGGAAAGGCGGUCCAGGUGUAACUCCUUCAUUGAAAAUGCCUCGGCUCUCAAGAAGCCUCAGGCCAAGCUGAAGAAAAUGCAUAACCUAGGACACAAAACUAACAACACUCCCAAAGAGCCUCAGCCGAAGAGAGUGGAAGAGGUCUACCGGGCCUUGAAGAACGGGCUUGAUGAGUACCUGGAGUUUCACCAGACGGAGCUGGACAAAUUGACUGCUCAAUUAAAAGAUAUGAAGAGAAACUCUCGCCUGGGUGUGCUGUAUGACCUAGACAAGCAAAUUAAAACGAUUGAGAGAUACAUGCGACGUCUGGAGUUUCACAUUAGUAAGGUAGAUGAGCUCUAUGAAGCCUAUUGUAUCCAACGGCGUCUCCAAGAUGGUGCCAACAAAAUGAAGCAAGCCUUCUCGACGUCUCCUGCCAGCAAGGCUGCCCGGGAGAGUCUGUCUGAGAUCAACCGCAGCUACAAGGAGUACACAGAGAACAUGUGCGCCAUCGAAGCGGAGUUGGAGAGUCUGCUGGGAGAAUUCUCCAUCAAGAUGAAAGGUCUGGCUGGCUUUGCCCGCCUCUGUCCUGGAGAUCAAUACGAAAUUUUCAUGAAGUAUGGCCGGCAGAGGUGGAAACUGAAGGGCAAAAUAGAAAUAAAUGGCAAACAAAGCUGGGAUGGAGAAGAAACCGUCUUCCUGCCCCUCAUAGUUGGGUUCAUUUCAAUCAAGGUCACAGAACUCAAAGGACUGGCGACUCACAUCCUGGUAGGCAGUGUGACCUGCGAGACCAAAGAGCUGUUUGCAGCCCGACCCCAGGUGGUGGCUGUUGACAUCAAUGACCUUGGAACCAUCAAACUGAACCUGGAAAUCACCUGGUAUCCCUUUGACGUGGAGGACACAACCCCAUCAUCAGGCCCUGGGAACAAGACAGCUGCUCUCCAGAGAAGGAUGUCCAUGUACAGCCAGGGCACCCCAGAAACACCUACCUUCAAAGACCAGUCCUUCUUUAGAUGGUUGCGGCUGUCUGUCUUGAGUGCCUUGCGAGACACUUUCUUUGCCACGUUGCACCACAACCACUCUGUCGGUGACCUGCCUUCCCUCAGCCUGAACCCCAAGGCCCUGCUAGAAUUCUAUUCAAAUCUGCCAGAUGACAUCUUUGAGAGCGGAAAGGCCGCAGAGGAGAAAAGGCCACUGUCCCUCAGCUUCAGUGACCUGCAGGAUGGAGACUGUGUCUUCACCUCCAGCUCAGCCACCUCCCCCUCCAGUUCACACUCAGCCCAUCCAGAGAUCACCAUCACCCCCGCAGAGCUUACCCACAGCAGCCUGUCCUCACAAAAUGAGGGCACCGAGGACAGCAGCUCGGCGUCUUCCAGGAAUUCCUUGGGUGAGGACCCUGAGCCCAAGUCCCACCCAAAGGGUGAUACCGUGGAGCCUGGGAAGCCGGGUGUGGCUACGAGGUCUGGUACUGAGAGCCUGUUUCUGGAGAAGAGCGUGGCCGAGGCUCUCCUGCGGGAAUCGGAUGAGGCCUCUGAGCUCAAGCCUGUGGAGCUGGACACUUUUGAAGGAAACAUCACCAAGCAACUGGUGAAGAGACUCGCCUCGGCUGAGGGCCCCAUCACGACCGACAAGCUCUUCUCUGAAGGCUCCGUCGGGAGCGAGUCUGAGGCUGGCCGGUCCUUUCUCGAUGGCAGCCUGGAAGAUGCCUUCAACGGACUCUUCCUUGCAUUAGACCCACACAAGGAGCAGUAUAAAGAGUUCCAGGAUCUGAACCAAGAAGUCUCUCACUUGGAUGAUGUUCUCAAAUGCAAGCCAGCUGGCAGCCGCAGCAGGUCUUCCAGCCUAAGUCUGACGGUUGAGAGUGCUUUAGAAAGCUUUGAUUUCCUCAACACCUCUGACUUUGACGAAGAGGAAGAGGAUGGCGAUGACGUCUGCCACGUUGGAGGAGGAGCGGACUCCGUGUUUUCAGAUACCGAGACAGAGAAGAGUAGUUACAGGUCAGUUCACCCGGAAGCCAGGGGUCACCUUAGCGAAGCUCUGACUGAAGACACGGGCGUCGGGACCAGUGUGGCAGGCAGCCCGCUCCCACUCACCACGGGAAAUGAGAGCCUGGACAUCACCAUAGUCAAACAUCUACAGUACUGCACCCAGCUCAUCCAGCAAAUCGUCUUCUCUAGCAAAACCCCCUUUGUGGCAAGAAGUCUCUUGGAGAAGCUGUCGAGGCAGGUCCUUGUGAUGCAGAAGCUGGCAGCUGUGAGUGACGAGAACCUCGGGAACAUCACCUCUGUGGUGGAAGCCAUACCAGAAUUCCACAAAAAGCUGUCCUUGCUGGCCUUCUGGACCAAAUGCUGCAGCCCCAGCGGGGUCUACCACAGCUCCGCUGCCCGUCUGAUCAAGCAGCUAGAAGCCAGCUUCGCCAGAAGCAUCAACAAAGACUAUCCAGGACUGGCAGAGCCAGUGUUUCGAACCCUGGUGUCCCAAAUCCUGGACCGAGCCGAACCUCUCCUUUCCUCCAGCCUCUCGUCGGAAGUCGUCACUGUCUUCCAGUAUUACAGCUUCUUCACCAGCCACGGUGUAAGUGACCUGGAGACUUACCUGAGCCAGCUAACCAGGCAAGUUGCCAUGGUUCAGACUCUGCAGUCACUGAGAGAUGAGAAACUGCUGCAGACUAUGAGUGACCUUGCCCCCAGCAACCUCCCCGCUCAACAGGAAGUCCUCAGGAUGCUGGCUCUGCUGCUCACCAGGGAUGACAAUGAGGUCAGCGAGGCUGUGACACUCUACUUGGCAGCAGCCUCCAAAAAUGAGCACUUCAGAGAAAAGGCCUUGCUCUAUUAUUGCGAAGCACUAACGAAGACCAAUCUCCAGCUACAGAAGGCAGCGUGUCUGGCCCUAAAGAGCCUGGAGGCCACCGAAAGCAUUAAAAUGCUGGUGAUGUUGUGUCAGUCUGAAACCGAAGAAAUCAGAACUGUGGCCUCGGAAACCCUCCUGUCCCUUGGAGAAGACGGGCGACUGGCGUACGAACAGUUAGACAAAUUCCCUCGAGAUUGUGUUAAAGUGGGAGGUCGUCAUGGAACCGAAGUUGCCACAGCCUUUUAAAUUUCACGUUAGCCCUGCCUGACUGCUAUCCCGAUGAUACCUGGCCCCUGUUCCCAAGAGGGUGCUGUGACGUGGCCAGACAGCAGAGAGCUGCUGCCGCUGCCAAGACGGUGAUGUCCAAGUCCAAUUGCAUUGUACUGUCCACUUUUCCUUAGCCCACAGGACAGGUCUGUGUAUAACUCACUGGACUGCAUCAUAGUUGUGACUGACAGCACUUCAAAGUCCAUCUUACCUUACCAUUGAAUUGAAAGUAGUCAUCUUUAUGCCUCUGUGGAAGUUCAUCUGUAAGCUUGAACUCUUCAUGUGCUAUUUGGAUACAUACAUAUCGUAUGCCUUGCCAUCUUUCUGCUGUGUUCUCAGGGUUGCAUGGCCCCUUAGUUACCGAAUUUUAUUUAACAGACAAAGCACAAAAGAAAAGAACGUACUGCAAAUAAAAGUUUUUUUUUUUUUUUUAACAGAGCCUGGCAAAAAAUGCUCAAUUAUAAGAUUAUAAAACAGUCAGUUUUGGAGCUGAGGGUGUGGCGCCCUUGGUAGAGUGCUUGCCUCAGGAGCACGAAGCUUGGGUCUAUCCCCAGCACUGCAUAAGCUGGCUAUGCUUGCCUUCUAAAGUCAGUGCUCAGAAGCAGAAGGAAGAAGGGUCAGAAGUUCAAGGUCAUCUUCAGCUACCUAGGGAGUUCCCAGGGCAACCUGGGAUACAUGAAGCUAAGUUUUAUAGCUUAAGUUUUUUAUAGUUCCUACUAUUUGUUUCUAUCCCCAUCCUGAGAAUUCCAUAUCGUCUAUCCAUGUGGUUUAAGAGAUCAAUGGAAGAAUUCUGUUUCGUUGAGGUUGUACCUAUACUAUUAAAAGCAAACAAAGCCUCAAAGCUUGAGCUUUCGUUCUUUAACCAGAGCCAUCUUUAUCACACUCUUGGGUUUUUUUGUUUGUUUGGCUUUUGUUUUGUCUUGAAACAGAGUCUCCCUAUUGUAGUCCUGACCAACCUGGAACUCAAUAUACAGUCCAGCCUGACCUUGAACUUGCAAGAGUUCUCCAGCCUCUGCCUCCAGAGCUGGGGUUAUAGGCACAAGCCACUAUGCCUGGUUCUACAUGUGUAAUUUUUUUUCCUAAGACAAAUACCCCUAAGUUCCUAAGUUGUAGAUUCAGAAAGAUGUAUUUCUCUUUUUCUCUUUCAAGUGGGGACCUGGACUUUGGAUGAAUCCUAACUGGAUAGAAUAUCGAGGUACUGAAAGUGGUUUCUGCUUCUAUAAAAUUGGCUAUGAGCCUAGAAAGCAGGAAGCCCUGAGAGAUGGAAACUGGCCCAUAGUUUCCAUAGCAGCUCAGUACCAGGGUAGAGAUUCAGUCUCUUACACAGUGUGCAAGGGGUGGGGAUGCCAAGACAUCACAACAAUACGUGUGGGUGCAAUGUAAACUGUAUUCUGGAUGUGUUUGUAUAAAAUACCAAUUAGAUAUUAGUUUCAAUAUUUACAUUUUAGCAAGACUUUUAAAAGGGUUCCUUUCAUUUUAAAGUGAAAAUUGUUUGCCAGGCUUCUGGCAACACAUCCUUUCAACUGUGAAGUUCCACUGUACAUAUUUGUAUUUUUGUAAAUGUUAUAUAUAUGCAUAUAUCCCUCAUUUUAAAGGUACGUUGUACAGUUAUAGUAUGUAUAGGCUACAGUCUUUGUUAAAUGGUUGAAAUGUCUCUUUUGUAGAAAGUGAAAUCACAGCUAUUACAGGGCUUUUGUUUGGUUUAUUUGUGGAUUUGAAACAGUUUUGAAUAUUGCAUGGAUAAUUAAUUUCACAUCUUUUGUAUCCACCUCUGUGUCUGGCUUUUGGUUGGGAAGUGCUUUUAGGUUUGUUAUAUUUGU